AUGGAGGGUUUAGAGCAUAUUGUCUCUUUGAUUGAGACACUGUACAGUCCGACAGGGAGUGCACGAGCAGAUGACCUCAAUGCGAUCCAACAACAAUUGCAAAGCAUUCAGAAAUCGUCAGAUGGGACAUCGCUUGCAAAUGCACUUUUGUCCAGUGAGGCAGUGAGUGACAAUGUAAAGUACUUUGGGGCCUUAACAUUGACUGUUCGAAUCAACAUGUUGACCAGCGAUAGUGAAAGCGACCCCAUGUUUUUAUGGGGGUUACUGAAGUGGAAUUUGAUUCAUCUGGCAAAUUUAACUCAGAGAUAUCUAGAAAACAACUUGUCCAAGUCAUCAUUGGUUAUAAUCAAGAAGUUAAUGUCAAACCUAUCACUGAUUUUUAUUGAUAUCAAUAGCAAGAAACCUAACGAAAUAAGAGAGGAUGCACCAGUUACACAUUGGAAUAAUCCUGUCAACUCUUUGAUCGUCAUGUUGGCGUUCAGCGGUCAAAGAUGGAAUCAAAUCAAUGCAGAUGAUUUAUCUGUGAAUGGUAUGCUAAUAGAGAUGCUCAAUAAGGAAAUAGCAUAUACAGACGUGAUGAACUUUAGCUCGCUGACAGCCCUUCAUAACGAGGUAUUACUUAUGUUUACAGAAAUAAUUGUAGAGGACUUGACCAAAUUUCAGUCGAAGAAGCAUACAAUGCUUUUCAUUCAUACAGUUGUCCAUCAACACUUGUACGUCACAUCAAUCGCGCUGCUGACCGAAAAUUUGAAGUCGCUGACAACAAACAAGAACAUUACCACGGUAGAAACCAUCUUUAACACGACUAAUGCCUGGAUUAACUAUGCUUCCAUGACGAGGGCUGCAUCACCGAUGGAUAUGAACUCUGUUUUCGAAAAUUUGAUUGGUGUCAUGGUGCAAACAAAUGAAACCAACAAUACUUAUGAACUGGCUACGAAAAUUCUAAGCAUUUUGGGCAAUGUAUUUGAUAACGAUCCGGCUAUGAUUGGAUUUGAAUUAAGACAAGAAUUGGAGUGUAUCUUUUUGGGUAUUUCUAGAGUUGCUGGUAAUGUCGACAACUCCAAAUAUCAAUGGAUGUUGCAAUACAUGAACUUUUUAGUAACCAAUGCCUGUUUCACUGAAUUAAAGGAGCUGUCCGUCUGCGUUGUUGAUUUUCUGCAAAUUAACACUUUGGAUUUGUGCAAUAAAUUAUUCACAACUGUUCAGAAGUUAGAUAGCCCUCAACACCUACAGCAGGAAUAUAUCAAGGUUCUCCUUCAAUUAACGAACUUCCCUCUGACCCCUGUUUUAGAAGAGUCGUUUUCUGUAAAAAUGGUGGAGUUCUGGCUAGACUUGUCUGAUGCUUUCUCAAAUCAGCCACAUGAUAUCCUACUCCCCGAAGCUUCAAACAUUGCUGUCGAGAUUUUUUUGCAAGUAGUCAACAUAUAUCUGCCAAAAAUAUCUUUAUUAAACAAGCAGAAAAUUAUAGCAAGCGAUGAGGAUGAGGAUGAUGCCUUUUUGCAUGAGUUUGACGACUUUCGGAGUGCAGUUUUGGAUUUAACACAAUCAUUGUGGACCAUUUUGGGUAACAAUCAUUUGACAAACUCAUUGAUAUCGGGGAUAGGGAUGUCAGAUGCCUCACAGCUACAAGGAACUAGCGCUGAUUACUUCGGAUUCUAUGGAAUUGAAUCCAUGUGUUUUCUGUUGGACAAACUCUUGAUAGAUAUGACAUUAUCAGAAAGUUCAUGGAUUUUUAAUAUUCUUGCCAAAAAUGAAUAUUUUGUGAAGAAUAUUUUGUUGCUGUUCCAGACGGGUGUUGGGAUCGACGCUUCCAACAAAAGCUCAAUGACUUUAAAGCUUGAUUUUGUCAAAUCAAGUUCAUUUCUGAUCGGAACUUUGGCUAGUUAUUUUGUUGUUGCACCACAAGAACUGAGCCUAUGUGUGGAGACGUUGUUUCAAGGACUUCAGUCUUGUACUAUUUCCACUGGCCCUCAUAGAAACUUGCAUGGUAAGUUAGAGACCAUUAUUGUGAAAACCAUAUCCCAAUUGUGCGAAAUGUGCCGAUCACAACUAGCCACUUACUUAUUCCAUUUUAUGGAUAUUUUCAAAACUUUGAUUCAGCCAGAUGUGACGGUCUCGUCAUUUGGUAGAGGUAAAAUGGCAAGAUCAAUAGGCUAUGUUAUUGAAGGGUAUGCAGGCCACGGGCCGGACGAACAAGCCAAAUACAUAGACCAGUUUUUGGAUCUACUCAUUACGAAUAUAGACCAGUGUUUGAAUAUGCCUCCGCCUGUGAAUGUACAACAGAUUGACUAUGUUCACAGUUUGUUGAACUGCAUAUCUGAGUUCGGAUCCGCCUUAAUUCAUCCUGAAGAUUCGGAUGACCCUCAAUAUUUGUCAAAAUUGUCUGCUUUCCACCAAUUUUGGGCCUCUGACCCAUUGAACUGUCGUGCUAAGAUUUUAAGCGUUUUGGAAAGAGUAUUGACUCACCCUGGAUACAACCAAAACUCUGGAUUCAUCGAGGUAAGUUGCUUGCUCUUAGGCAAAACUCUAACCUUACCUGACGAUGAUCCCCACUUCUUACGGUUUAGCAUGAAUGAGAUAACUGAAUUUAUUUUAUCGCAUCUAACAAUUUCUCCAUACAGUACCGCAUUACCGUACUUUGCAUACCUAUUAGAGAAAUUAGUGUCUCAUUAUAAGAAUCUGCUGACAUCUCAGGAUUUUGAUAUCUUGUUUCAAAAGGUGUUUUUGAACUACUACGAUGACUACUUGUGUAGAGAUCCCGAUCUGCUACAAGCAAUGGUAAACUUUGUCAUUUCAGUUUUGGACACCAAACCAUCUAUCCUGAUUAACUCUGCUUCGUUUUCGAACUUUGUUGUUCCAAUAUUCAUAAAGCUGCUACCAUCCCAAGAGCGGUUUACAAUUUCGGCUGUUACCAAGUUUUGGACCAAGUUGAUAAAUAAUAAAAAGUACACCCAGGAAGACUCAAUUACAACAAAAAGAUGCAUUAUAUCUGUGGGUCAAGAUGUGGUAUCCCAGACCUUUUAUGGCCUUUACCAUACCCAAAGAUCCGAUUUGAACAGUUAUACGGACAUGAUUAGAGCCUUGGUUGCCAAAUUUCCCCUAGAAACGAAACAGUGGUUAAUCGCGGUACUUCCACAGCUAUGUGAUAAGCCUCAAACCCAUGAAGCUUUUAUCAAUAAGUUGUUCGUUACCAGAGGGAGUAGAGCAGCUGGAAAUGUGAUAUUAACCUGGUGGUUGGAGUGUCAAUCCCUACCCAGCUACUAA